AAUGAUUUAUCCAUCUUUUAAAAACAGCCAGCAAUUAAAAGUUAUUUCAUCAGAUCAUGAUACGCUGUGGUAACAAAAAAUAUAAAAUAAUACUGUAUAGGGUCUACACUGUGAAUUAGUUCUCAUUCGCAAGCAUUCAGAAAGCCAGCAUUAUAUAAGCUAACCCUAGCAAUCAAUGGAAAGGGAUGCUCGCUAAAAUUUUAUUUCUGGCACACAAUUCGGUUUAUCAAUUAGUUACAGGAAAGAAAACACUGAAUCUUAUCAAAAUAGGCUAGAAAAACAUUUUGUACUUAAACAUGUGAUUGUAUGAGUGAUCCAUCUAAUAGCUUACACACGUUUUUAAAAGGCGGGAAGUAACCUGUUAGGAAUAUUAGUUUGUUAAAGUGAAAGGUAGGUUAGUAUAGUUGCUUUAUUUGCCGAAUUAAAUGAGAAUUAAAACUGAAAUUAGACGGCAGGUGGGAGCUACAAAGGAUAUGGCAAGGUUUAUCUCAGAGAAUCUUCCAAGAUCUUAGGUAACGUUGAUUGAAGAAAAACUUGGAAAAUGUCUAGAAAACAAUCUUACAACGGCUCAACAUUAAAUAUAAGUCAUGUCGUCAAACUUGUCAACAAUGCAGCAGAAGGAUUUAUGCACUUAGAUGGGAUUCUAAGCAGUUUAGGUCUAUUUUCUUCUCGCAACAAACUUUGGUGUACUUUAAAAGAUUGUAGUAGAAAUUUCAUUUUAGAAGACCCCUUAAAAGAUCCACUGUGUUUAAAUGGCCAGGAAACUGUUUGGGUCAGGACAACUCUUUCUCUGUGUGAAAAACAUUGUCGCAGUGGAAAAAAUGGCAGAAGCAGAGUGUGUGAAGGAAGGUGUGAAAGUCUUCAUCUGUGUCGGACAUUUUUACUGCAAUCUGAAAGUGAUUGUCCAUUUAGUUCUGGAAAACGAAAAUGCAUGUUUGGACAUGCGUUUAAUUCAGAGCAUAAUUUUUUGUUGCUGAAAAAACAUAAUUUGGAAGCUCUCGAUGAGUGUGAGCUACGAACUCUCUUCCGAAGGCGAGCAUCCAGAAAUCAUAUGACCCUUCCGCAAAUCUGUAUCUACUACAACAGAAACAAUGGCAGUAACUGCUCCAAUGAAAAAUGUAAAUCAUUGCAUUUGUGUUCAGACUUUGUUGAGAACAAAUGCCUGAAAUAUUGCCAAAAAAACCACCAGCUGGCCAACAAGCGAGUAAAGCAUAUUUUAAAUUUAUUUUCCAUCGACAAGUCGUGGAGCGAAGAAACGAUACUCCAAGAGCUUCGCAAAUAUCUCAGACCCAAUAUCACUGACGAUGAGGAAGAUACUUCUUCAAGUUCUGAAGACAAUGACCGGGAACAGCAAUUCGCCAUGCACGGGAACCAUUCAGCAUCAAACCAUCCAUGUGAUGGCUGCAAAAGUUUGAGAUGUCAAUUGGAAGAAAUGAAAACUGAAAUAGGAAACAUGGCAGCAGAAAUUAAAAAACUCAAAAAAGAUGUGUCCAUAUUGAAGCACUCAUCACAAGAACUCAGGGAGAGGAUCGACUUGCCUCACCACCUUCAAAGUCCAGCCCCCUUAGGAGAAAUACAAGCAAGGAUUGGCUCUGUAGAUACCCCAGCCCCUGAUGCUACAACUACUUUCUCAGGAUUCCCUGUCCAAGCUCCGGACAGUUCCAACUGGUCAUAGCCCAGAUCAUCUCCAAUAGUUCAUCAGUCUAUCAAAUUAUGUUCUCAAUUUAAUGGCUGAUCAUCUCCAAUAGUUCAUCAGUCUAUCAAAUUAUGUUCUCAAUUUAAUGGCUGAUCAUCUCCAAUAGUUCAUCAGUCUAUCAAUUUAAUGGCUGAUCAUCUCCAAUAGUUCAUCAGUCUAUCAAUUUAAUGGCUGAUCAUCUCCAAUAGUUCAUCAGUCUAUCAAUUUAAUGGCUGAUCAUCUCCAAUAGUUCAUCAGUCUAUCAAUUUAAUGGCUGAUCAUCUCCAAUAGUUCAUCAGUCUAUCAAAUUAUGUUCUCAAUUUAAUGGCUGAUCAUCUCCAAUAGUUCAUCAGUCUAUCAAAUUAUGUUCUCAAUUUAAUGGCUGAUCAUCUCCAAUAGUUCAUCAGUCUAUCAAAUUAUGUUCUCAAUUUAAUGGCUGAUCAUCUCCAAUAGUUCAUCAGUCUAUCAAAUUAUGUUCUCAAUUUAAUGGUUGAUCAUCUCUGGAUCUAAUUAGAUGAGAUAUAGAAUGGAUCUAAUUAGGUGAGAUAUAGAAUGGAUCUAAUUAGAUGAAAUCUAGGAUGGAUCUAAUUAGAUGAGAUAUAGAAUGGAUCUAAUUAGAUGAGAUAUAGAAUGGAUCUAAUUAGAUGAAAUCUAAAAUGGAUCUAAUUAGAUGAGAUAUAGAAUGGAUCUAAUUAGAUGAGAUAUAGAAUGGAUCUAAUUAGAUGAAAUCUAGAAUGGAUCUAAUUAGAUGAGAUAUAGAAUGGAUCUAAUUAGAUGAAAUCUAGAAUGGAUCUAAUUAGAUGAGAUAUAGAAUGGAUCUAAUUAGAUGAGAUAUAGAAUGGAUCUAAUUAGAUGAGAUAUAGAAUAAUGACUUUGAUCCCAGUGGUUGUGUACCAGCUGGUUGAAUUAUGUCAAUUACCUGUUGCUGUUGUUGGUUUUACAGUAUCAUUUGAUUUGUUUUCUUUUAUGUCCAGUAUAAUUGGAUAAAUAUAAUCACAUUUGUUAUUAUAUUUUUAUGGCACUGACUAACACAUUAAAGUAAAACAUAUUAUUACUGUGUAUAUAUUGAUGUGAACUUGUCAUAGUAAUUUACAAGCGGACCUAGAAAAUGUAACCUAGUUUUUAUUUUGUCUCAUGCUUUUUAAAAAAUAUAGCUUACUUCUAAGUUGCUCACAAGUUUGUAUUUAUUCUCUAGAUCAUCAACACCUUAUUCUCUAGAUCAUCAACACCUUAUUCUUUAGAUCAUCAACACCUUAUUCUCUAGAUCAUCAACACCUUAUUCUCUAGAUCAUCAACACCUUAUUCUCUAGAUCAUCAACACCUCUGCGCUAGGCCUCAUCAACCACCCACCCUCAUGAUACAGUUAUUAAUUUGAAGAAAAAAUAAUUUCUUUUCCGAACUGUCGUCUGAUUUUAAUUCAGUAAAAAUCAUGUUGCUGAGAAAAAUA